AUGGGCUGUGCCCAGAGCAUCCACGCUUCCGAGAGCCGGGCGGCGUACUACGGCGGCAACGAGGCCGAGGACGCGCGGGGCCCCGCGGCGCCGCCGUUGCAGCUCGGCGGGCCGCGCGUCCCACCCGGCCAGACGACGGCCGCCUCGGCCCGGUCCUGUGGCUCCAGCCUCGUGGAGUCUGAGCCAAGCGGCGGCAGCGGCAGCAGCAACGCAGUAGCUGAUAUACAAUUUGGCCCCAUGAGAUUUCAUCCAGAUCAGCUCCAGGUACUUUUAGUGUUUCCCAAAGAAGAUAAGCAGUGUAAUGGAUUCUGUAGGGCAUGUGAAAAAGCAGGGUUUAAGUGUACAGUUAUCAAGGAGGCUCAGAUGGCCCUUGCCUGUUUCCUGGACAAACAUCAUGACAUCAUCAUCAUUGACCACAGAAAUCCCCAGCAGCUGGACGGGGAGGUGCUGUGCAGGUCUAUCAGAUCAUCAGAACUCUCAGAAAACACAGUUAUUGUUGGUGUAGUACGCAGGGCGGUUAGAGAAGAGUCAUCUGUAAUGUCCCUCAUUGAGGCUGGCUUUACAAGGAGGUAUGUAGAAAACCCCAGCGCUAUGGCCUGUUACAAUGAACUGCUCCAGAUGGAGUUUGGAUUGGUGCGCCCACAGCUGAAACUCAGGGCUUGUAACUCAAUGUUCACUGCAUUAGAGAAAAGUCAAGAAGCAAUUGAAAUUACAAGUGAAGACCACAUUGUACAGUAUGCAAAUCCAGCAUUUGAAACAACAAUGGGCUAUGAGUCAGGUGAAUUAAUAGGGAAGGAUUUAGCAGAAGUGCCUGUAAAUGAAAAAAAGGCUGAUUUGCUCGAUACUAUAAAUUCAUGCAUCAGGAUAGGCAAGGAAUGGCAAGGAAUUUGCUCUGCCAAAGAGAAAAAUGGAGAUAAUGUACAACAAAAUGUGAAGAUACUACCUGUCAUUGGACAGGGAGGAAAAAUUAGACACUAUGUGUCCAUUGUCAGAGCGUGCAAUGGCAACAAUAAGGCUACGAAAAUAGCUGAAUGUGUUCAGUCUGACACUCAUACAGAUAAUCAGUCAGGCAAACAUAACGACAGGAGAAAAAGCUCACUAGAUGUCAGAACUGCUGCCUCUCGAACAAGCAAAGUUUCCAGCCAGAGACGACGCUCCUCCACGGCCCGGAUACAUUCCAUGAAGAUCGAGGCGCCCAUCACCAAGGCAAUCAAUAUCAUCAGUGCUGCCCAGGAAAGCAGUCCCAUGCCUGUGACAGAAGCCUUAGACCGUGUGCUGGAAAUUCUAAGAACCACUGAAUUAUAUUCACCACAAUUCGAUGCUAAGGAUGAUGAUCCUCAUGCCAUCGACCUUGUUGGGGGCUUAAUGUCUGAUGUUUUUCGAAGACCAUCCAGGAAUGAGUAUGUCCUUUCAACAAAAAACCUUCAACAGGUUUCCAGCAGUGUGAUCACUCCCACCUCCCUUCACGACAUCCCAUCACAGAUAACUCAGGCCAUGGAAAAUGAGGAAUCCUGGGACUUUGAUAUUUUUGAACUGGAGGCUGCCACUCAUAAAAGGCCUUUGAUUUAUCUUGGUCUCAAAAUAUUUGCUCGCUUUGGAGUCUGUGAAGUCUUAAAAUGCUCUGAGACAACGCUGAGAUCAUGGUUGCAAAUUAUCGAAGCCAAUUAUCAUGCUUCUAACCCCUACCACAAUUCUACACAUUCUGCCGAUGUGCUUCACGCCACUGCCUAUUUUCUCUGCAAAGAGAGGAUAAAGCAAACUUUAGAUCCACUUGAUGAGGUCACUGCCCUCAUUGCAGCCACUGUCCAUGACCUGGACCACCCCGGGAGAACCAACUCCUUCCUGUGCAAUGCUGGCAGUGAGCUGGCCAUUCUGUAUAAUGACACUGCUGUGCUCGAGAGACACCACGCAGCCUUGGCCUUCCAGCUGACCACUGGUGAUGAUAAAUGCAACAUCUUUAAAAACAUGGAGAGCCGGAAUGACUACCGGAUGCUGCGCCAGAGUAUUAUCCACAUGGUCUUAGCCACAGAAAUGACAAAGCACUUUGAGCACGUCAGCAAAUUUGUCAACAGCAUCAACAAGCCCUUGGCAGCAUUAGAGGAAGAUGGGGAAACUGAUAAAAAUCAAGAAGCCAUAAUGACUAUGCUCAGAACUCCAGACAACCGCAGUUUGAUCAAACGAAUGCUGAUUAAGUGUGCUGAUGUGUCCAAUCCCUGCCGACCCCUGGAGCAGUGCAUUGAGUGGGCCGCACGUAUCUCAGAAGAAUAUUUUUCUCAGACUGAUGAAGAGAAGCGGCAGGACUUGCCUGUGGUGAUGCCAGUUUUUGACAGAAGUACCUGCAGCAUCCCCAAAUCCCAAAUCUCUUUCAUCGACUACUUCAUCACAGACAUGUUCGCUGCUUGGGACGCCUUUGUAGACCUGCCUGAGUUAAUGCAGCAUCUUGACAACAAUUUUAAAUACUGGAAGGGACUGGACGAAAUGAAGCUGCGGAGCCUCCGCCCACCUCCUGAAUAG